CUUAAACCCACCCGAUAACCCAGCACCACCACGAACCAGCGUCGGCUCGACGUCCAGUGGCCUUAGCAACGGCCAUGCAGUCCAUGCCAUUGCUGCUCAGGCAGUCCUUCAAGUCCAGCCUCAAUCUCACCCGAACAACUCGCCCGGUACGACGGCCGCUUCUGCCCGCCGUUGGCCCGAAGGCUCUUUACCCUUCACCGCGGAACUUCUCCAUCUGCCUCCAAUGCCAGUUCCGAACCCAGUCUUCGCUCUACUCGUCCGAUCCCCUCAAAGACGGGAAAACUGCUGAGCAGCAAAAAGAAGAUGCAUCCCCAACCCCCACAUCUGUACCCCCCGAAGGGUACCAGAGCCUAGACAUCGAUGCGGGGAGUCAACCGACUCCGACUCCCCCUGCUACGGAGGCAGCGGAGAGUGCUCCGAGCCAGCAGCGAGAAGAGAAGAGGGAAGCCGAUACGGAGAAGAAACCGGAAACUGGAGGCCUUCCAUCCUACUUGGAGAACCGCAGGUCCCAAUACGCCAAGCAGUUCAGUGAUAUGAUGGAUAACCUCCAAUCCAACAUUUUCGUGGCAGGCCAGCGACUGAACGACUUGACUGGCUAUUCGGCGAUUGAGACGCUGAAGAAGGAUAUUCACACCCAAGAGGAAAGACUCCGCACAGCCCGUCUCCAAGUCCGCACCGCGAAAGAUGCCUACGCAGCCGCCAUCAACCGACGAUCGACCUCCCAGCGUGAAGUCAACGAGCUCCUCCAACGCAAACAUGCCUGGUCCCCCGUCGACCUGGAAAGAUUCACCCACCUCUACCGCAACGACCACACCAACGAGGUAGCCGAGCACGAAGCACAGGAAGCAUUGACGCAGGCCGAACGCGAGGCCGAAGAGGCCGCCGCACAACUGAGCAAGAGCAUUCUGUCGCGCUAUCACGAGGAGCAAGUCUGGUCUGACAAAAUCCGCCAAAUGAGUACAUGGGGCACCUGGGGUCUAAUGGGAGUCAACGUCCUCCUAUUCCUGAUCUUUCAGAUCGCCGUGGAACCCUGGCGCCGGAAGAGACUCGUCAAGGGCUUCGAGGAGAAGGUCAUCGAAGCCAUCGAGAAGGAAAAGGCUCUUGGUCCGGUCCAGAUCAUCGCCGUCCCGAAUGACUCGGCACAGGAAUCAUCCUCCUCCUCCACCACUACGCCCUCCACCUCCUCCGAGACCACCGAGACCGCGGAGCCAUCCGAAUCCACCCCCGAACAAUCAGAACCCCUCACCGAGGAAACCGUUCUAAUCGAGAGCGCCGAGCCGUCCGAAAUAAUCGAUUCAGACCCGAUCCCCAGCCCACCACCGCUACCCAGCCUCACCAGCAAACCUACCCUAGACAACCUCCGGGCCCAUUGCAAGCUGCACCUCUCCCGCGUGCCCCCGCUUGUCGAAUGCUGGCGUCUAUACCUCCACGACCUCUUCAGUGACCGCCAAGUGGUGAUCACGCAACGGGACCUCUCCACCGUUGCUCUCCAGGGCGCUGCUGCUGGCGCCGCGGUCAUUGGCGUGCUGGCUACGGUACUGAUUCGCCAACGGUGAUAAGCCAUUCAUAUAUGAUGCCCGACAAACAAACAAUCAACCAAUGUAAUUAUUAUCAAUCUUCAUAUUUAGACGUACAAAAGAAGAAACUAUACAGCCU